UUGUAUAUUAUUGAAAACAUUGAUUUCAAACUAUUAGUGUUAGUGUAUGUGAUGCAGGGCUACUGGGUGGCAUCCCUGGUCAUUAACAAAGGUAAAUUUGAAUAUGUUAUUGGUUCCUAAUCUACGGACGUUUCAUAAGCUUGUUGUAAGUCUUGGAAAAUAAUACACUAUAUUUUUUCAUAAGAUUUUCACACUGAAUUCAGCUAUUUUGUUUAUAAACAUCAUCAGACGGUACUUACAAAGACCCACACAUCAUCCCUGAGUGGAGCCCUGCUUUGUCCGUGCCUCUGUGGUGGGUGGCAGUGCCUGCUGUGAGAAGGCUAAAAAUAGCAAUGUGUCUGCAUCUCUGUCAGAUUGGCUCAUCUGUUAGGGGAGGUCAGAACAUGAGUACUCUGGGUCUAAUCUAACCAAUACAGCAGACCAUGUUCUGUCUCUUUUGGCCCGGGAAAUCUGUCUUAAGAGCUCUUGUCAAGUGCUGUUAAUGCCCCGACACAAUCUGUUGCCAAGAUUUGAUUUUCAUUGCCCAUGCCCUUCAGCAGCUGGCAUCAGUAUUCCUAGCUUAGUGUCACCUUGCUUGUGUCGGUGUUUGAGGUUCUCUCUUUACCCCGAAUGGUCUCUUGCGAGAAGUUUCGUUUCCUCUUCUGCUGAGUCUUGUGAGGCAGAGUCACUAUUUGAGUGAGAAUGCAGCAAAUUCCUGAGUUCCGGAGCCCACCCCAUAUCCAUUAAUCCACAUCCCAGUUUCCUCAUGCGCACCCGAGGGAUGCUGAGCGCACCGUCCUGGCAUUGGCCAGAGGUGAUGUAAUACCCUCUACAUAAUGCAUGGCCUUAAGAAAGUGAAAGACCCUGAGUCAGAGAGCAAAAGGCAGAGGAAAUCGAUGUCAGUGUGGGAGAGGGGGAUGCCGGUAAGAGGCACACAAGGCAGUAGACAGUAUUACAUUGAAAGAAAUGGCAACAAACAGUGCUCAGUGGAGAAACCGGAGAACCCCACCCAUGGUCAACGUAGUAAGUGCAAGGAGAAGAUCUGAUCCAAAACCGGCUCAGGAUGUCGAUGCCUGGGGGGACUGUUGCUCCUUGUGCCACAUUUAAUUUCCUUUCAUUUAGAAAUUGCUGCUUCCUCACUUGACUGAUUUACUUGACAUCCAGGAAUCUGUGAAUGUGGGGCACCACCUAGGCUAAACAGUGCCAUGACUGCUUGUGAAGACUGCCAACCAUUUUUCGCCCUCCAGCUUUUCUUAGCCUAGCACAGACAGCGAUGGUUGGCACGACAAGCGGUGCCUCUUCAGUUGCCUGAUUAACGGCGUCGUCUUAAAGAGCUCUUGUUUGUCCUGGAAGGGGUUCUAGCCUUCGAGGAGCAUCACUUUUGCCAGGCUUCCUCUUGGCCCCAGACAGCAGAUGUUCCAUCUGUGUUGCCUUGAGGCCUCCGGAUCCUCUCUUUCCCAGGCUCACGCACAUAAGGAACCCGUCUGCCUGCUCUGCCCCUCCACCUCCUCUCUGGUGCAAAGGUUGUGGAGGUAAUGGAGGGCUUGGAGGUUGAGGACAUCAGUCCGGCCCUUGAGGCCACCGAGGACUACUUGCACUGCCUGGACAGCGGUCAAGAGGAUGGACAAGUGCGGCCGCCCAUGCUGAAAGAAGUUUCGACUCUGGACAAGUUGAGCUCCAGUGGGGUGUGGGGUUUGCUUACUGGGGAGCAACCAGAGAUAUCACCUCGUAACCUAGCCUGGGCAGAACAGUCCUCCUCCUUUAGCGUUCUUGGCCUAAGGAAUGGGAAGAGGAACCGAGCCCGCUCUACCAACGAUCUGGCAGCCCAUGCCAAGGACACCAACUCCACCAACACUUCUGGUGGGGGAUUCAAGCGGGGGCACAACAGAUCACGCUCAGAUGUCAACUACCGAACCUUCACAGAUAAUGGCGUGCCAGCUGUUGACAAGAACACACUCAAGAACAUGGCAUUAAAUGACCAAAGGGAAGCCAACAAGGAGGGUAGCCCCAGCCUGGUCAAGCAGGGCAUAUUGGAACAAAGGGAGGGUCCAUGGGGCCGCUGGAGUGCCUGCCAUGUGGAGCUCACACCCUGCGAGCUGCGGCUCUAUAGCCUGGACAGCAGUGGGAACAGGCAACUAUGCACCGCCCUGUCCCUGUCACACUGCCAGGGUGUGGGCGCACCGCACCCACAGGACGGCCGCGUUCUUCAGGCCCUUUUCUUCAACAGCACCCGUCUGCAGCUGCGCGCCCCCUGCCAGUGGGAAGCGCUGGAGUGGCGCCGGCUCCUCUGGGAGCGCGUCCUAGCCGCCCGUCCCGCUAACAGUCAGGGGGAACCACCGACCCCCCGCGAGACGGAUCUUGACUCCAACUCUGCUGUCCCACGUCCUCCGGUCCGUCCCACGGCCCUGCCCCUGUUCACCCAGCGCUGCGCUGACGUCCUUAAGGCGGGCCUCCUGUACCAGCUCAGCGACCUCAACAACUGGAGCACCUUCACCUUCGUGCUCAGCCGCACUCAGCUGCAGGCCUUCCCCACCGAGGGCCGAGGCCCUGUCCAUGAGCCGGUGCUGCAGUACCCUCUAGCAUCCUGCCUUGCAGUGCAGCGGGACGAGGCCGAUGGCGCCACCUGCGCCCGCUUCCAGGCCAUCUUCCCAGAUGAGGUGCUUCGUCUGCGGGCGGAGAGCGAAGCCAAAGCCCAGGACUGGGUGGAGGCCCUGCGCACGGCUGUGGCUGCCCAGAGGCCGCAGGGAGAGAGCAGCCACCAGCUAGCGCCCCCUGGAGUGCUGAUGAGGAGCAAGCCAACCCGGGAAUGGCGGCAGAGGGAGGCCCAGAGGGCUAAACGGCAGUCCGUCACCACCAGCUUCCUCAGCAUCCUCACCUGCUUGGCUGUGGAGAAAGGCCUGACUGCCCAAAGCUUCAGAUGUGCAGGAUGUCAAAGGCCGGUCGGUUUGUCGCGAGGUAAGGCCAAGGUAUGCUGCUACAGUGGAUGGUACUAUUGCCAGAGCUGCCACCAGGACAACCUCUUCCUCAUUCCUGCUCGACUACUGCAUAACUGGGACACAAACAAACAUAAGGUGUCCAAACAGGCGAAGGAGUUUCUAGAGUUUAUAUAUGAGGAGCCCUUGUUGGAUGUGCAGCAGUUGAACCCGUGCCUGUACGAGCAUUCGGAACCCCUGGCCGCCGUUCUCAAACUUCGGCAGCAGCUCCAGUCUCUCAGGGCUUACUUAUUCAGCUGCCGUGCCACUGUUGCAGAGGACCUGCGCCGCCGGAUUUUCCCAAGGGAAUACCUCCUACAGCACAUUCACCUGUACUCGCUGGCUGACCUUCAGCAGGUGAUCGAUGGCAAGCUAGCUCCCUUCCUCUCCAAAGUGAUUAAGUUCGCCAGUUCUCAUGUGUACAGCUGCAGUCUGUGCCGAGAGAAGGGUUUCAUCUGUGAGCUCUGCCAUAACGGCCAGAUCCUCUACCCUUUCCAAGAGAAUGCCACCAAGAGGUGCGAGGGCUGUGGAGCCGUCUUCCACGCUGAGUGUCGAAUGCGGGCACAGCCUUGUCCUCGCUGCGUUCGCCGAGAGCUGCACAAGAAGCCUCCUUCCUUCUGGAAGAGACACAACCACUGCGAGAACGCAGAUGACGACCUCCUGAGCUGCUUCGAGCUGGACACCUGAGCUGGGCAGCCUCCGCCCUCCAGCUGUUCCAGCAGACCCACCACCAGCCCAGAGCUGUUGCUUCUGCUGCAUCUCUCUGUGUGUGCGCAAGACUCCAUGAGCGUGGAGCCCUGCGGAAGAGCGCUGUGUUUGCCGACAAGGAACAGAAGGGUCUUUUUGUUUUCCUUUUUCAAUCGACUCUCUCCAGAGACUCUCUUUCCGCAGACUCUUUCUCUCUCUCUCUUUCCCCUCUUGGUCGCUCUCACCUGAGAGAUGGAUACACAGAGACAAUACUUCAGUCCCUGAAGAGGAGAGGUUUCAUAAUGAUACCAAUUUGCCCUCGCCUUUCAUCUACCAAAUGACAGCCGGGCCAACCGACAAAUGCAGACCGAGUGGAGUGCGCUCACAUACUGGCACACGUAAACAUGCUCUCGUAGUCUGACAACAAAUAACACACUUGGUGGUGGGGGGGGGGACCCAAGGCCAAUAAUUCAAGCAAUUUUCUCUGCACAAAUAAAACAUCUAAUCCAUUAACAAGCUGUGCUAAAAUCAGACAUCCUGGCUACUCUCAGAUUUGGAGGUACUUGCCACCUUCUACUUAGCCCUACAAUGGAGGAGUCGAGAAGUAUUAUCCUAGACUCACUUCAUGAGUAAUUAUGGAUGAACAUCCAGAUCUUCCUGUCCACGUUCCUGCACAACCUCUUCAUACUGUCAGUCUUUUGCACUUCCCCAGGUAAACCAAUGGAGAGUAAGCUAAUGUCAUAAGGACUGAGAAUUGAGCCUUGAGGAACCCCACCAGUUUCGAAGAGAAAUUCAUAUUGAUGACAGAAUCUUAUUAAUAAUCAAGAAAUAAUAGGAUAAUAAUAAUAGGAUAACAAUUAAGAAAAAUCCCGGAUUGAUGGAGAGGUUGAGAAGUGUUGUCCUAGAGUCACUUUACGAGUGACUAUGGAUGGACAUCCGGAUCUUUCUCUUCACUUUCCUGCACAGCGUCUUCAUACUGUCAGUCUUUUGCACCCCAGAUAAACCAAUGGAGAGAAGGUUCAAUGUCAUAAGGACGGAGGAUUGAGCCUUGAGGAACCCCACCUGUUUCGAAAGGGAAUUCGUAUUGAUGACAGAAUCUUAUUAAUAAUCAAGAAAUAAUAGGAUAACAAUCAAGAAAAAUCCCGGAAUGAUGGAGAGGUUGAGAAGUGUUUUUUCCUUGAGUCACUUUGUGAGUGACUAUGGAUGGACGUCCAGAUCUUCCUCUCCACAUUCUUUCACCAUCUCUAUGAUUUUCUCUUCAACCUGUCAGUCUUUUGCACUUCCCCAAACAAAACAAUACCGAAAAGCUCAAUGCCAUAAGGGUUUAGGACUGAGCCUUGUGGAACCCCCCACCUGUUUUCAAGGAAAAUAUCAUAAAUUAUUAUCUUGUAAAUAGCUAUAUCUUGUAUAUAGCUAAAUCAUGCAGCCCUAUGAAGCAAAUGGCAGCAUUGGCAUGUUGUCCUGUACAGCUGCAACUAAAGUUUAUCACUGUUCAGUGGCACUGGCUACAUGCAGCUGAGCCUCGAUCUCCUUUGCCAACCUCUGGGUCGCUGAUUACAAACUAACUCUUAGCCACAAGGUCCCAAAUUAUAGUCCCUAGCUCUGGGGCUUUGUUUAGCAUUGGUAGGGCCUGUUUAGCGAAGAACGCAAAAAGAAAAUCCAUCCGCUGAUGGCCUCGUUACUCACGUCGACCGACCGACCGCUGCUUUGGAUCCAUAUCAGUCGGGCCUCUCCCCGGUGUGCGUUCACACUCCGUUUUCCGGCUACUUGAACUAAGCAUUGGCAAUAAUGUCUCACUCAUCUUGCUUUUGCUGCCUUAUUUGACCUCUCACUUCUCAUCGUUCUUUUCCAAAGGGACAAAGCUUUGACAAUGCAGAAUGAUGCUCUUGCCUGAAAUUCUUUACCUUUCCCCCCCCUAUGCAAACUAGCCAGGCUAAGUGACCUUUAUGAGCUCAAUCUAAAAUCCCCGAACCCCACCUUUCUCUUACUGCUUCCCUUGGAGGAGAGGCCAGUGCAACUCUUGGCUCCUACUGGACACCUUACCAGCAACACGAAUUCCUUUCGCUCUAACCGUGUAGAAGUUCAUACAAAACCAUGUGUGCAUCAUCAUGCGUAGGGGACUAAGUGAUUGAUGCUGGAUAUUGUGAAGACCUUAAAGGAUACUUGAAGGAUCAUUAAAGGAUAACGAAAUAUUUAUUGUUCUUAGUGCACAGUAAUGACCGGUAGAAGAACUCCAGACGCUGUAAAGGAACAAUGGAGUCCCCUCAUAGGCCGAUCAUUGGUCCUGCGAAAUGCAGCUAGGUCAACGUGGAAGUUCACCUUUUGUUACCAUAUUGAAUUAACAUGUUUAUGUUUACUGCUCUGCAAAACAGUUGUUUACAAGAACUGUUUGUUUUUUUUUCUGAUAUGAUAGAGCAGAUGUGCUCACUUGAAUGCAGCUUCUUUCUUUUGUGACAUUUGCACCAAGAAUAAUUUUGAGGUCACGUGCGGAUGGCUGUACGUAUGUUUGGUUGGAAGUACAGUGGAGAAUUGAAAAAUAAUUGUUGCUCAGAAUUUCAUCCUAUUUAUUAAGUCUGUCUCUCUAUUGUACACUUUGCCUGCCUUAAACUGAAAGUCAGUGCAUCAGUCCGUUGAUAUUCUCCUGUUCUUGUACUUUAGUAUUGCAGUUUGGGCAAAUAGGUUUUCGCUACAUAAUCUUAUAAGCAGAGCAGACUAAGAUAAUAAAACCUUUAUCUAUUGAAAAUUAUUCAUCAUUCCAAGUUAAUAUCAGGGCCUAACCCUUAACUGACCCUCAGUAACAGUUGUGAAUGUGGUAUCGGCCCUUACUGUGAGGUCAGGGAAGUUGUUUCGUUGUCCAGAUUUAGACUGCAGUCAUUCAGGGUUGUCUAGUCCUGAUUAGAUUAUCAAAACAAAGGUCAUAAGAGUGUGUAUCGCUUUGCUGUUGAUGCUACAAUGCCUUCAGAAAAUCUGGGGCCGUAUUACAGAAACAUCCCAGCUCAGUCACCAUGACGACUUCAGGUAGGAUGGAAUUUAGGAGAACAGCAAUUAGAGAUUAAGCUUAUCCAAACAAAGGCAUUCUAACCAGUCAGAAUUUUCUAAAAACUAGGUCUGUUUUAACGUUAGCUUUUCUGUUCAAAAGAGAACGUUAUUGUUUUUAGGCAGCCGUAACAGGAAACAUAAUACUCUUUGGUCAGAUACUCAAAUGCAUGUUGGGGUUUUGAAAGAGUACUCGAGUACUCUUUCUGGAUAUCACCCUUAAAGUCACCCAUAAUAUUUACAUUUCAUAAUUGACCAUAGUUUUAAGUAUCUUCAUUCGUUUUAAUAUUCAGUAGAGUUUUCCAGGUUUCGGUUUAUAGCAAUUCACGCAUUUAUACAUCCCUGAUGAUGGACUUAACGAGCCUAAACGAUGCCUAGAGACAGAUGUGCUCUUAUGUUAUGUCAGAUAUGGAGACAGAUGAGUCUGAAUGGAUUUUUGCUUACCCUAAAAGGUUUAAGAUGUACGUUUGUACUAACUUCGUAUAGAUUUACGGCCAUUUGUACUGUAUAGGAAUCAGCUAAACCGUGUAGCUAGCCUGCUACCUCUGUUUGUUAGCUCUGUGGCGGCUAAACGAAUGACACGCUCGGCGUCUUCACCUGAACAUCAUUCAACAGUCAAAACUACAGCCAAACAAAUUAACAUGUAUUUCUCUCUGUUUAAACAUGGCUUCCUGUUUUAAUAUCUUUCACUAACUUAGCUUGCUUUAGUCUUACAAAGAAAACGAGGGGUGGGGACAGUAUGUACUGUUUAAAAAUUGUGAUUUUUCCUGGUUUUAUGAAUAAAAUAAAUCGGCCUCCAACUCUGAAUUGGCAGGAAUUCAUGAGAGGGUCCUAGAGAUCAGGCAGGGUAUAAUAAAGGGUUAACAAAAGAUGAAACUGCCACAUACUGAACAAGGAAGGAACUAUCAACAUAAAGGAAAACUCAAGGUUUUGAAUUCAUUGCGCCAGAAUUGCUAGCAUAAAUGCUGCUUUCACUUAAACCUUAUGAACACUUAUGUUGCUCUGUAGUUCUGACUCGUGUUUUUUACGUGGGUAGCUCUGUAGCUAACUUAUAUUUGCUAUUUUGAUUAUGUUUUUGAUUCUCCACUGUUUAGGCAUCACCCGUUGCUUGGUAACAGACAUAACAAUUGAUUAUCAGCCUUGAUUGAGUAGUUUAGGAUGUCCUAACUUGAGAUUAGGUGCUGUAAGAUAAGACACAACUCCUAAAUUAAGAUAAGAUUUGCUUCUGUCACAUAAAUUUCUAAAAACAUCUUUUUUUGACCUUUUCCGUUUUAAUUUAGGGCUAAAGGUACGUUUCUGUAAUACGGCCCACAUCUUUUUUGCUGCGGUCGGAACAAAACCUUGCAUCUCCAUUUUUGACAUAAUUAGAAAAUGCCUGUUGUUCUUUAUGUUGUAUGUAAAUUUCAUGAUGAAUGGACCAACCGAAACAGCCCAAAAUGACUUGGAAAAAAGUCUGGUUCCAUUGACUUACAUUAAAAGUAAAGUAAGUUUCUCCUUCUCCUGUAAAGUUACCAUUUUGGAGAUACGAGGUUUUUGUUCUGACAGCAGCGUUCUGCUCUUAACCAAUCACGAUUCCAGAAUAAAGGAGCCAGUUUGCACAGGACGCUUGGUGUAACCAAAGGGUUUGAAUAUCUGCCAUUCUAUAAAGCUCCCAAACACGUUUCACAGCAGCACAGUGGCUGUAUUAAUGUGACACUUUCUCUGAAAUAUAAUGCUUAGCAUUGUUCAUUGACAUUGUUGGGAAACAUUGUGCUAGCUGGUCAGAACAAAGCUCCUCUGGCUCUGGCUAGCCGAAUUACCUCCUGGCUUUCUAUUAGAGCUCUUAUUUGUUUCCAGUUGUAAAUGCUUGAGUGAUCUGAGCUGGACUUGUACUUUCGUAGGCUGAGCUGAGAUGGUAGGAUUAAUUGUGCACAUACAGCCUGUUUGCCUUGACGGUUGGAAGUAUUUGUUGACUAGAAGGUAAUUGAACUUGUAUUAUUAGCACUGUUGUAAUGUUACAUUCAGGGAUUUUAAAACACACUGGAAAGGGAGGGUGGUGAAGGGAACGGGACCUAUUAAGGGAACUGGACAUACUUAUUAUUACUCAUUCAGUGCACCAAAUGUUGUCUUUUUCUUUUUUUUCACUUUAUUUGUUGCAGCUCAUUUUGUCCACCAUGCUGUGCUAUAUCUCAAAUAUCCAUAUCAGCACAUGAUUUUAUUGGUAUUUAUUAUAUUUAUGUUUGUAUUUAUGUUCAAUGCGAUUUGACUGUUUCCGGGCCGGAUUCUGGAUCUUCUUCCCGUUCUCUCGUAUCCAAAAGCUCUUAUACCACAGACGACCUCUUAUGCAAGUACAGAGAGAUUUUGUGUUUCAGUAUUAGUUCCUUCCUCUUGUGUUUUGUUUUUGUUUGUUUUUUGCCACUGAUGCCAAUAAAGCGAGUUACUUAACAAGUCCAGGUCCUCGUGUCGUGUGAA